GCGUGGUUGUCUGUGCAUGAGCGUGUGAGGCGUUCUUCGGGAAAGACAGAAAAAAAGUUUGGACGUACUUGCUACCAGCUUUUUUAGGAAUGAACGCAGAUACGUGCGUUUCAUAUUGCGAUAUGACAUCCAUGGAUUCAUAUUAUAACCCGUCCUCGGCGCAAGGUAGGGAUCAGCAGGCCAAUCCUUUCAGGACAUUCCAGCCAAGUGACACCAAAUACAGCCCCACUUUCCUCCCCAGCAAAGGUCAAGCUUACGGGGAGAAGUCGCGGAGUCCUUUCCAACAGGAGUGCCAGUCAUUGGAUGCGCCCGGUGGGGAAGGCACCUUUAACAAAUACCACCUCUUCAUGCAGAGACCUACUUGCAAAACACCCCCCGAAGGCAACAAACUCCACCAGGACAGCGGACACAACGGCGCACUCAUCUCCUGUUAUGGUAAGGACGGCACUGGACUGAACGACUCCGAGUUGCCCCCGAACUCCGACCCCACGGGGAUGGACGGCAGUUACCUCGGCGUGAAGGAACAGGGCGUGAAGGGGCCCUCAGACAGGCCCGGCUCGGAGCUGGGCAGUCCCCACGAGAAGAGCGAGGCGGAGAGCAACAAGGGCAAGAAGAGACGGAACCGCACCACCUUCACCAGCUACCAGCUGGAGGAGCUGGAGAAGGUGUUCCAGAAGACACACUACCCGGACGUCUAUGCCAGAGAGCAGCUCGCCCUCAGGACUGACCUCACAGAGGCCCGUGUGCAGGUGUGGUUCCAGAACCGUCGGGCCAAAUGGAGGAAGAGAGAGCGCUUUGGUCAGAUGCAGCAGGUCCGCACUCACUUCUCUUCUGCCUAUGAGCUGCCGCUACUCACCAGACCAGAGAAUUAUGCACAGAUCCAGAAUCCGUCAUGGAUAGGAGGCGGCAGCGCAGCGUCUCCGGUUCCAGGUUGCGUGGUCCCGUGUGACACCGUCACGCCGUGCAUGACCCCCCACCCGCACCCCGGCAGCGGCGUGUCCGACUUCCUGGGCGUGCCCAGCCCCGGGGGCCACAUGGGACAGACGCACAUGGGCAGCCUGUUCGGGAGCCCCGGUAUGGGCGGAGCCAUCAACGGCUACGACCUCAACGUGGACCCCGACCGCAAGUCGUCCAGCAUCGCCACCCUGCGCAUGAAGGCCAAGGAGCACAGUGCGGCCAUCUCCUGGGCCACAUGAUGGCCUCGCCUGGGACAUACACACCCUAACCAGCCCCUCCACCAUCAACAGAGCUUUCUCUGCACGCCCAGCUCUAUGGACUCUCCAUUGACAUAUAAUAGCAAGCUAAACUACAGAGAGCCGUUGUAAUUACAAGAGGAUCACACUAAGAAUGUUUAUAGAGAAGAGAGAGGGAGAUGAAAAGAGAGUAGUCAACAUGC